GCGGAUCUUGAGCUUCUUUGUCAUAAGCAUCAUUGUUCCAAAAAACUCUACAAAAAUGACAACGACAGCAACGACUUCACCACCUGACGCAACACCCGGAACCCCCUCAUCCACUGACCACGCAAAAUAUUUUCGAAAAGCACUGGGAGAUGUCACGCCGAAUAAUAUGGGACAGAUCAAAGCAGUCAAUUUGGUCCUGUUUCCUGUUAAAUAUAGCGACGAGUUUUAUAAAGCUGCAUUGCAGGUUGGGGAGUUUGCAAAACUAGCGUAUUUUAAUGACGUUUGUGUGGGGGGUGUUAUUUGCGUUAAGCAGGCAGAUAAGGAGACGGGAGCAAACAGACUUUAUAUUGCAACGCUCGGUGUUUUGGCUGCCUAUAGAAGAUUAGGACUGGGUACGAUGCUCCUCGACCACGUCCUUAGGCAAGCUGCCCUGGCAAAAGAUAAACAAAAGAUAUCUGAAGUUUAUCUACAUGUGCAGACAACUAAUGAGGACGCAUUAGAGUUUUAUAAGCAUCGGGGGUUCGAGGUGACAAGUACGGAGGAGGGCUAUUACAAGCAAGGCCCUGAUCCAAAUGCGUAUGUUCUGACAAAGAAAAUUGCGGCGUAGAUAUUUGGGAAUAGAAUUGAUUGCAUUCUGACACUUUAGAGCAUUAUUUUAUUUAUACUUGACAAUAAGGGUAAAAAUAUAUUUGAUAUGGUCCAGAA